CCUAGGCAGCUUAUCUGCAUCGCGUCCAGAGGAAUGUCUUAUUUCGCGUCUUAACCUGCUUGCUUACCUCUGUUUAAAUGGAGUUUUUGUAUACCUAUACAUCGCACCUCGCACCGCUAAAAUGCCGUCAAACGAGCGCCUCCCAGCUCAGGAGGUUUUCAGAUUAGUUGCUCUUCCUGACGAGGUUGAGCACGGCAAGAUCGUAAAACGGUAUAUGAGCCAACGGAGCGCAUGGCAUCCGGAAGGCGACGUCUCAAUCGCGAGCGAGACUACUGUAUACUCGGGAUCGAAAAAUGGGCCUUCAAGUCGAAAAGUGGCGUUUGGUGGACACGUGUACAGCCAAGCGGGAAUAGCUGCAUCCAAAGCCCUUGCGGAUAUGCAAACUUGUUCGCAAGCUGGUGCUUCUGGUGCUUCUCGAAAGGAAGUCGGUAUUCAUACUAUUCAUGGGUACUUUUCGGAAGCUGGUCUGAUAGAUAGGCCAUUUAUAUACAAUGUGACUACUAUGGCGCCAAACCCUUCAUUUCCAAAUCUUCUAGUCACAGUGCGACAGCCUCUAUCAUCGAGCACAAAUCCGGCAGGAGAUCAUUUUCCUCUUGCCGACGCCGAGCUUCCCCUCGGCCCAGUUUGCUUCAAUGCUCUAGUGUCCUUUAGACCAUCUGUAGUCUCACAACAUGUAGCCCAGGAACAGCCAGCGCAGACACGGUUCGCAGAUAUCCUGAGCUCCCGGCCCCCCUCGGCAUGGGAUCCGGCGCCACAUAUCGAUAUCGCCAAGACCGUAGACGAAUUUCCGAUGCGGAACCCUGGGACCUUUCCCAUAGUCGACAUGAAAAAGGUCGACCUCGCCGCUUUCAACGAGGGCAAACCGCUCCACGAGCGGCGGGAGCUUUUGCUAUAUCGGCUGCUUGCCCCUUUACCCGCGGAUCACCCCGAUUCGCACAUUUGCGCUCACGCGUACGAAGCUGAUAGGAAUGGGUUGCUCAUGAUAGGCAACCACGUCGGAUUUGGGUACGACUUUGGUCGCGCCGCUAGUCUAAGCUAUUCUUUCGUGGUGCACGUCAAUCCCGAGGACGCGGUGAUGUCCUAUGGCGAAAAUGAGUGGUGGAUCCAAGAAGCGUGCUUCCCGCGACUUGAAGCUGGGAGAGCGAUUGUUAUGAGCAAGAUCUGGAGUCCAAAAGGUGUGCAUGUUGCUACGGAAUAUCAAGAUGGCAUAUGCCAGCGCCAAUGGAAGCAAGGCGAGAGAAAGGGGAAGUUGUAGAACGAUAACCCCCUUCGAUGGCGAUAUUUUGCGCUUGGCUCCAUUAUUGUUGAAGCUGAUAGCGAGAGUAGCCAUUAGCACCAGUUAGGGCGUAAAGUUCCAUUUUUCUAGAUGUUUAGAUGUUUACAAGAGUGGGCAGACAAAUAACGAUUAAAGGUUAUCAUACGAAGUACAUAUUGUACAUGUUCAACGCUAAGACUCCUUUCACGCAAGAUAUACAGCAGAAUGGUUCAUAAAUAUAUAC